AUGACUGCGACUCCAGCCAGUCCAUCGGAGGAAACCAAGGUCGUCCGCGCAACGCACCCCCAAGAAUAUGAGGACUGCUUGGGGUGUCGUAUCGUAGGCAGCGGCGCACUGGGUGCAGUAGGGUUGUAUGCUCUGGGAAUGACUCGUGCUCGAGCACCGGGCUCGGUGGUCGGGAAGCGGAUUAUGGGAGGUGUAGGCAUCUUAAUUACCAACGGGUUCUCGGCCCCUUUACCACCCACCAUCCAAACUGCCAUAGAUGUAUAUGAGGGCCAUGAGGCUCUAGUCACCACGCCUCAGUCACACUCAGUACGGGUGCUGCGGUACUUCAAGCUUCACCUACCACCACCACCCGCACGCACGUACACCUCCGCCAUCGCCUCCCGGACCUCCAAAAUGAGCGUCGAAGUCAGAUGCUUCCAGUGCAAAACGAAACUCUUGGGCUUCGGCACUGGUGACGAACAUGGCCGCAUCACCGGGCACUCGUGGCGACCAGGCUACUUUUGCACAGCAUGCAAGGCGACUUUUGACAGCCACAAGGACUGUUUGGCUCAUGUCAGACAACAGCAUCGUGCAUCGGCUUCCGGAAACUCUGUGGGCUCGACACAACCUGCACAAAGCCUCACCGGGAGUGGCCCACCCUCGCUCGGUGCCCAACCACCGCUUGCGCGCUCCCUUCCGAGUGGUUCGGGUUCGGAGGACUUUGUUCUGCGUACUGGCGUUGCAAUCGUCAAAAACACCGAGUGCCGAAAGUGCAAGGUGGAUUUCGACACUCGUCAGCAGCUGCAAGAGCAUUAUCGUGAAUCCAUGGAACAUCCGAAGUGUUCAAGCUGCGGUAAAGGAUUGUUCGACAUGAAGGAUUUGUUGAGUCACAGGACCCAAUGCCAAUCCUCUUCAUUUGUCAGCAGCACAGCGCAAAGCUUUACUUUUGGUAGUCAAAGUGCUAUCCCAUUGAAUCAAAGGUCACCGUCAAGUUCGAACCCCGCAAUUCUGUCGACCGCUCGUAGCAUAUCCCCAAUAUCCGUGAGCUAUCACGGAUCCGAUGAUGACGAAGGGAAUGAAGGCGAGGACGAAGGCAGAGGCGCCCGGACUCCCUUCUACACCCCAAGUCCUCGCGUGCAGCAACCAGCUUUGUCGGUGCUCCAGAACCCAUUCCCACCACCUUCCAGUCGCACUACGCCAGGACCCGACUCUGCGCGUCAACUGCACCCCUCACCAUUACUAACGAGCCCUCCCUCUCCCGCCGCGAGCUCCAUUACCCUCCCUCCGACCGCCGUCCCGCCGCCCCUCCCGCUCGGUCUGCACUGCCGAAAAUGUCUCGCGAACCCGAGCAUCGAGCCCGUGACGACGCUGUGCGGCCACAUAUUCUGCCACCGGUGCAUCGCGCACGAGUUCGCGACGAAGAUGUGCUGCCCGGUGUGCCAGCGGCCGUUCCUGGUCAGGCUCCAUCUGGGCUCCUGA